ACACAAUGGCUCCGAGAGUUUUGUCUCAAAUCAAAUGUUGGUCUUUUCGAUUACACCUCGAUCCUUUGGUUUGGGGCGAAUCAAAGUCUCGUUUUUGAUGACUCAAACAACGCCAUCUCUUCCCUCCAAUUUCAACACCGACACACCCACCUCGGACUCCUCCUCUCACGCUGCUUCUGUGUCCAAAGCUCGUGUCUUUGUGAGGAGAAGCAAGAGGCCCAAAACCACUCUUGUGGCACUUCAACAAAAGGAGCUUCAGCCCCCAACACGUGAUCAUGACAAAAGUUCUGGCCUUCCUGAAAUUGAAGAUUUUACAUACAGUGGAGCAAAUAAUGCAUUUACUCAAUCCAGUAAAUCAGAAUUGGGCUUGGACGCGACUCUUGUGGAAAGUGAAGCUACUUCACCUAGACACAGUGGUGAAUUACCUGCACACUGGGAAAGGGUGCUUGAGGGGAUUCGCAGAAUGAGGUGUUCUGCAGAAGCACCGGUAGACACUAUGGGAUGUGAGAAAGCUGGCGAUACUCUACCUCCUAAGGAAAGAAGAUUUGCUGUCCUAGUUUCUUCUCUUUUGUCAAGCCAAACCAAAGAUCAUGUUACUCAUGGAGCAAUCCAACGUCUUCUUGAAAAUGGCCUACUUACCCCUGACGCAAUCAACAAUGCUGAUGAAGAAACCAUCAAAAAGAUGCUUUACCCUGUUGGGUUCUAUACAAGAAAAGCCACCAACUUGAAAAAAAUCGCAAACAUUUGUCUCAUGAAGUAUGACGGAGACAUACCUAGCACAAUUGAGCAAUUACUCUUACUUCCAGGCAUAGGUCCUAAGAUGGCUCAUUUGGUCAUGAAUGUUGGAUGGAACAAUGUUCAAGGAAUAUGUGUUGAUACUCAUGUCCACCGCAUCUGCAAUCGGCUUGGAUGGGUGUCUAGACCCAGCACAAAACAGAAAACUCUAACACCUGAAGAAACAAGGGAGGCAUUGCAAAGAUGGCUUCCAAGGGAAGAAUGGGUUCCAAUAAAUCCUCUUUUGGUAGGAUUUGGACAAACCAUUUGCACUCCCUUGAGACCUCGUUGUGGAGAAUGUGGUAUUAGUCCAAGCCCAAAAAGUCUGGGCCUAACAAGAAGCGUUAGCCCAAUGAUCCAAGUAUUCCGGAAGUAUUGGUGUUCUAAUAGUUUUAGUCAUUCAUCUCAACUAUAUAAUAAAUAUAUAGUUGAGAUCAAUAAUUAAAAUCACUAGAACACCCGUAUUCCUGGAAUAAUUGAAAUGUCCCCUAAGAUAUAUAUAUAUAGCUCAGUAUGCUAGCCUUAUUAUUUCACAUUUAACAUUGCACAUAGCUUCACAUGAAUACUGAUGUAUGUUUUGUUGAAAACUCCUCUAAUACUGAAACCUGGUUGCGUAGUUAAUGUUGAUAUAUGUUAAGAAAGCUCCUCUAGCACAAAAAGGUUGCGCGGACAUAAUUUAUCA